GAAGAUAACGAAGAUAAUUUUGAGUAUAGAAGAAAGAGAGAAGUUGUCCGUCGUCGUGUUGAUAAAUUUCAAAAUUGGGAUGACAAAGAAUUCUUGGACAGGUUUCGUGUAUCUAAACUUGUGGUAAAAGCGCUGGUUUCUUCAAUAAGACCAUUACUUCAAACAAAGACAAUGAAGAACAAAGCUAUAACACCAGAACAGCAAGUACUGAUGACUCUCGAGUACUAUGCAUGUGGAUCUUUCCAACGUUGUAUUGGUGCAGCGUCACCAGGUGUGCAUAAAUCCAGUGUGUGUCGAUCAAUACAUCGUGUAAGCAGAGCAAUUGCUGGACUUCGUUCUGAGUGGAUAUCUAUGCCUCAAAAUAGGCAAGCUAUGGAAUAUGGGGCCAGAAAAUUUUAUGAAAUCUGUGCGUUUCCAAAAACAAUAGGUGACUGUACCCAUAUAGCAAUAGAAUCUCCAGGUGGAAAUGAUGCUGAAGUCUACAGAAAUAGAAAACAGUUUUUUCCCUUAAUGUUCAAGUAAUAUGUAAUUCAGCUAUGUAUUUAUUAUAACAUAGUGGCACGUUGGCCAGGCAGCUGUCAUGACUUUCUGAUGAUGAUUUCUGGUUGCUGGGCGACAAAGGCUAUGGUGUAAAACCAUAUCUUCUCACAUCUUUACGCAAUCCUACCACCGAGGCUGAACGCCUUUACAACGAAAGUCAUAUUCGUACGCGAAAUGUUAUUGAACGUUCUUUUGGCUGUUGGAAAAAAAGGUUCCCUUCUUUAUCUUGGGAACUCAGGACUAACCCAGUAAAAGCUCAAGCAAUCAUUGUUGCAAUGGCUGUGCUACAUAACAUCUGCAGAAAAGUCAGUGGCCCUAUGCCAUUUUCACAGCAUGAAGAAGAGGCUGUCACAGAUGAAGACGAAAAAUAGACGAAAUAGUCCAUCAGUCUCGGGUAAUGAUGAAUGUAACAGAAAUAUAUUAAUUAAUAACUAUUUUCGUAGACUAGUUCAGACAUAAAUAAAAACCUAUUUUAAUAAAGACUAAUUAUUUAUUUUUGAUUUUAAGAUAUCUAUUUCUAAAUUUAAUUUAAUCAGUUCUAAGUGAUGUUUUUCUUCGUUAUGCCUUAGUUUUUAUUCGUGGAGUUCUACUAAAAACUAAAAAACUAAAAGUUUUGCUCGUGCUUGCCAUCUUAUUUUAUAAUAACCGUCGAUUGUAACCAACCGUCGAAUUGAUUUCCAAAUUAUGUAAUGACAACGGACUUUAAGACACUUUCCUGACAUUUAAAUUUAAAUGAUGUCAGUGUAAAAAAUAUUACUUAUGUAAAUAUUUGGGAGAUAAUGUGUUUUAUCACUUGUAACCCUAUUUACUAUAACUUUUACAAUAGAUGUCACGGUGCAACGUUAGAAAGUUAAUGUUAAGGUUACUGUAAAUGUUACCGUUAAAAU